AUGGCGUUCAUUAGAAAACCCGUGAUCAUCAUGUUGAUUGUGAUGUCGCUAUAUGCUAUUCUCGGCGCUGGUAAAAAUGAACUUAAAAAAGUUUUUACAUGCCCAAAGGAAAAUGAUAAGAAUAAUCCUAAUGGACUUUACGCCAAUCCAGAUGACUGUUAUACAUUCUAUCAAUGCGCUAACGGUUAUCCAUAUGUGAUGGAUUGCCCUGAUGGUUUGCAGUGGAGUACGAAACUAUUAAGAUGUGAAUGGCCUGAAAAUUCUGAUUGCGGGGUCACAUCUAGUAAAGAAUUUACAUGCCCAAAGGAAAAUGAUAAGAAUAAUCCUAAUGGACUUUACGCCAAUCCAGAUGACUGUUGUACAUUCUAUCAAUGCGCUAACGAUAUUCCGUAUCUGAUGAAUUGCCCUGAUAAUUUACAAUGGA